CGCUACUUUUUUUGCACGCUCCACGCUGCACGCACGCUUGAAUCUUCUUCUUUCACCAUCACCACGGCAUUUAAAUACGCAAGGAUAUAUGGUGAAGGUGUUCCUGGAUUGUCUAUUGGUUGAAUUAUCCAGCUUGAUAUUUGCUUGAACUCCAUCUCCUCAUCCUACGAGACCCGGCGCAAGGCUCCUUCAUCGCCCUUAUUAAAGAAGCCGUGAACACUACACGACAAUAAUCAGAGCGAUCCAGCGGCCGAUUUUACGUCACUUGAGAUAGGAUAACAUAUGGACUUUGAAUAAGCAGGCACACGCCACGCGCAACUGGUGUUCCUGUGGCGGAAUCAUUGCGACAGCGUGGACCACGGCAUCAUGGCGUCGGAUAGAGAGCAAAGCCCGGCCGAGCCCGAAGAGAGCCGUGCAGAGCUCUUAAGUCGCAUGGUUGCUGCAGCUCAUCAAGGGUCUAAUGUCGAUGAAGCGGCCGAGACCAAUGCCGAGAUCACAGGCAUGACGGAAGACGACGCCUUGCGCAACUUGACUGGCACUGUACGCGAUCAAACCGACCUCGAGCGGGACAUUACCCUCCAAGCCAACGCGGCAAUUAACGAGGCUGAAGACAAGAAAGACAAGGCGCGAAUUGAAAAGCUGGAUGAGUCAAGAAAGCUGCUGCAGCUGCAACUAGACAAGCUAGAGAAGAAGCUGGAGAAGGUUGCAGGCAAUCCAUAUCAGGCGAGAAACGUGCAAAAAGAGAUUGCAAGAUUAGAAGAGGAAAUCCAGCAAAAGACGAGCGAUAUAAACGACUUUCAGUCCCGAAUCGAUAAGCGCCAUGAGGAAGAUCCGCUAGACACGUCAAACAGAGUCAAGUCGGCACGGCUACCGGGCGAGAGCCAUCGCGACUAUCUCAUCCGAACCGGCAAAAUCACACCCUUUGCAAAAGUUGGAGGUGCUAGACCCGAGGGGAUUCAUGGCCAGCUGGCAGAGACAAUUCUUGAUGCUGAAGAGGCUGCUGCGGCUGAGCAAUAUGACACGACGGCAGACGAGCCCAUCUCCCACCAACAGCUUCGAAUGCCUGGAUUUGACGAUGGCUAUAUGCCCAAGAAGAAAGAAGCCCAAAACAGUGCAACUCCUGUUGAGUCAGAGUUUUCGCUGAGGCCUCGAAAGAAGAGACGGGUGGUUGAAGAUGAUGGAGACUCUGGCGAUGGAAAUGAUGACUAUAAACCCAGCCGAGACGAUGGGUCCGAAACUGAAGACGACACAUUUAUGCAGCAAGGAAAUGAAGAUGAUUUGAUUCGAGAGCAGCGCCGGAAAUCAAAGGCAAAAGCCGUUGCUGUAGCUCAAGCUAAGGUCGACCUCAGCAAGAUUGACGACGGUGAUGAGAAGCUCUACCGAAGACGCCUCAAUGACUGGACAAAUAGAAGAAGUCGAGCCAGACGGGCUAAGCGAAGGGAGAAUAACCCCACGAAUGACGAUGCGGAUAUGGAUAGUGGUGAUGAGCCGGAGUGGCUAAAGCCUUCACCCGACUAUGCUGACCACAUUAUUGAUGAUGGGUUGAAAAUGCCAGGUGAUAUCCAUCCGUCGCUGUUCGGAUAUCAGAAAACCGGUGUACAAUGGCUUGCUGAACUCUAUAAACAGCGAGUUGGCGGUAUCGUCGGUGACGAGAUGGGCCUGGGCAAGACAGUUCAGCUGAUUGCCUUUAUUGCAGCGCUACAUAGCAGCAAGAAGCUUAAGCGACCUGUCAUUGUUGUAGCUCCUGCUACACUUCUCAGACAAUGGGUAAGCGAGUUCCAUCGGUGGUGGCCACCGUUGCGUGUCUCGAUUCUCCAUUCUUCUGGUAGCGGCAUGCUGGACACGGCCUACGAAGAUGACUAUGAUCUGAAUCACUUCCGCCCCAUGGCUGGCAAGUCCCAAAAGGCUGCUCAGAGAAUUAUUGAUUCGGUUGUGCGAAAAGGCCAUGUUCUCGUCACUACAUACACUGGAUUACAGACAUAUGCUGAAGAUCUCUUGCGCGUGGAGUGGGAUUAUGCUGUACUUGACGAAGGACAUAAGAUCCGCAACCCAAAUGCCGAGAUCACGGUGACUUGCAAGGAGUUGAACACUCCAAACCGAGUAAUCCUGUCGGGCACGCCAGUGCAAAACAACUUGACCGAGUUGUGGUCGCUGUUUGAUUUCAUUUAUCCAAUGCGUCUGGGCACACUGGUAAACUUUCGAACGCAGUUUGAAAUACCCAUCCGACAGGGCGGCUACGCCAACGCCUCGAAUCUACAAGUCAUGACGGCAGAGAAGUGUGCCGAAGCGUUGAAGGAAACCAUCAGCGAAUAUCUGCUACAACGACUCAAGGUGGAUGUUGCGGCGGAUCUGCCAGAAAAGACGGAACAAGUGCUCUUUUGCAAACUUACACUUGGCCAGGAAAAGGCGUACACGACAUUUUUGGGUUCUGACGAGGUGUCGGCCAUUCUGAACAGGCGUAGGCAGUCUCUGUACGGAAUUGACAUCUUGCGCAAGAUUUGCAACCACCCAGAUCUUUUGGAUAAGACUCUGUCUCGCAAGUCGGGCUAUGAGUUUGGUAGCCCGCGGUUGUCUGCAAAACUGCAGCUCACCAAAGACCUUCUCCAAAAGGUCAUGAUUCCCAACGGGCACAAGACAUUACUAUUCUCGCAAGGCAAGCUGAUGCUCAACAUUAUUGAAAAGUGUAUGCGCGACUGCGGGAUUGCAUACUUAAGAAUGGAUGGCGAGACGCCCGUCGACCAGCGCCAGCCCAUGAUUGAUCGGUUUAAUACAGAUCCAGAUAUGCAUGUAUUCCUAAUGACCACCCGAACUGGUGGCUUGGGUACCAAUCUGACUGGAGCUGAUCGCAUCAUUAUCUUCGAUCCGGACUGGAACCCAUCGACGGAUCUGCAGGCGCGUGAAAGAGCAUGGAGAUUGGGACAGACACGACCAGUCAAGAUCUACCGAUUAAUGACAGAAGGGACGAUUGAAGAGAAGAUAUAUCACCGCCAGAUCUUCAAGCAAUUUAUGACGAACAAGGUUCUAAAGGAUCCCAAGCAACGCAGCUCGUAUGAUCUGUCGGACCUUUACGACCUGUUUGUCUACAACAAGGGCGGAGAUGCUGCUGCCCAACGCAGCGAGGUCUUUCGCGGAGCAGAGUUGGACAUUGAUAGUACGGCUGGGUCAGCGCAAGGAACAUCUCAUGGCACUACAAAACCUGCCGAUGUUGAAGACCAAGAGCUGACAAAGAUGGUGGCGGUUGUGGAAGAGUUCAAAGAGGACCCAGCAUCUCAUGAUGAGAAGCGCAUGUUGGAUGGUAUCUUUGCACGUUCUGUCAAUAGCGCCUACGAUCACGAGCAGAUUGUGAACGGGCCGCAAAAGGCCAAGGCCGAUAUGGCCAUGUUGCGCCGCGAAGCAAACGAGGUAGCUCAGCAAGCUGCUGCUCACCUUCGUCGAUCUAGAGCGGAAGCUAGACAGAUCCCAAUCGGAACCGUCACAUGGACAGGUGAAGUUGGGCAAGGUGGCAGACCCGGCGGCAACCGUCGUCGCGCUGGUCCCAGCUCUGCUGGCAUCAUGAGCAAUCUUGCCAAUCGACAGGGACUUGACGAUGGGGGAAGCAGUAGAUCGCGUUCAGGAACCCCUGGGGGAGACAAGAAUCUCAAGGCCCAAGACUUCAUGUUGAUGAUUAAACAGUUCAUCAAUCGAAACGGGGGCAAAGUGCCAAGCAAGAUGCUUGUUGACCACUUUAACCCAUACUGUCCGGGGAAGAAGCAAAGCGACGAGUUUAAAACAGCAUUGGACGCAAUUGCCGUGUUGAACAAGGUUGGAGGUGCUGGUAGAGGCAUGUGGACGUUGAAGCCAGGUAUCAAAUAGGACUGGCAUAUGCAUACAGGGAGAAUACAAGGCGUUAUGGUAGUAAAUGAAUACCCAUGGCUAGUUGCUUUUUAAGGCGUUGCUAGCAUUGCUUUUCUUGGUAUACACUAGGUAUACACUACGUUUACACUACGUUUACAUUUGCUUUGCUCAUUCAAAGGGUGGCAGAGCAGUCGCGAGAUAGAAUCAAACAAUACCAUCAAGAACAAUUUAUGGAACAAAUGUAUUUUAAC